AUGCGCCUACGAUCUCUAUCAAUUCUUCUAAUUGCCCUAGCAACGACACGAUGUCUCGCGCAAGACGAAAACUCUGAAGACGUGUUCGACAAGCCACUUGCCAAAGAUGUGACGACAACGACAGCCGGAAGUGAAACAGAUGAUAUGCCUUUGGCUGUUCCACAAGAGGAAUUGUUGAAUGAAGGUUCGGACUCGUUCGAAACCAGCACUGAAAUGAUCGAAAUAUCUGGAAACGAUACUUCUCUUGAAGUGAAUCCGAUUCAGAAGACAUCUGUUUUCUCACCGAUUACUCCGUUAGAUGGAGGAGUUUUCAAUUUCUCGAAAGCUACAAUUGAAGAGGAUAGCAUGGAAGACUUGGAUGACUCAGAUGAAUUAAAGACGACUGCAAAGAUGACGACUGAAAAUUCAGAAACUGAAGAAACUUUAGAAACUUCUGAGAUUCCAACUGAAACAACUACCCAACAAAUUGAUGUUAUCACAUUUAGUUCUCUUCCAAUUGAAGUUGAUGAGGUGGCUGACAGAAGAGUUUUGAAGGAGAAGGAAAUGGCAACUGCUACGAGAUUGGCUACCACCACUCCAGCUUCAGUUGCUGUGAGCGAUCCAUCAGAAUCAGAAGAUGAAGGAGAGACACCAUUUGAUCAGAGCGCUUUGGAAGGACUCUUUGAGCAAGAUGGAAGUGUUAUCGACUCUUCUUUGACUACUGAUCAAACUCCCGCUUUCCCAAUUCUGAAAAUGAAAGAAGAGGACUCGAAGAUCUUGUCAAAUAUUCCGAAAACAAUGACUUCUGAAUCUUCAUCAAGUACUAUAACGACGACAGAAAAAGAACCAGAAACUACUAUGCUAACUGAAUCUACUCAAACCUCCACUGAAACUCAGACUACAACUGAAACAGAAACUUCAACUCCAUCCACAGAGGCAACUGAUUCCACAACAUCAUCUGAAGAAUCCACGACGUCUUCAGAAGACACAACAACUGCAGAAGAGCUCUCCACUAUUCCAGCAUUGCAGAACUCAUCUAAAGUGUUCCUCCCUGCCAAAUCCAUCAGAACUCCAAUUGUUUUCCGCAUUCUCUCUUUGGAUUUCACUGAAGAAUUCAAUGAUAUUCAAAGUGGACCAUCGAAAAAAUUGGCAAAAGAUUUGAUACCGUCGAUCGGAGAAUUCAUCAAUUCAAUUUCUGGAGAGGAUAAUUUUGUGAAUGUUGAAAUCAAGACAUUAACCAAGGGAUCAGUCGUUGUUGGAGCUGAACUUCUCACGAAAAAGUCUCUGGGAGAUGCACAAAUGGCCGUCAAUUUAUUGGAAGCAGCAUUCUCACGAAACAACUCGAUGCUUGCAGACUAUAAAAUUGACAGUUUGAGUGUUACUGUAGAUGGAAUGACAUCUCAAGCAUAUAUCGACUCGAUUUCCACUCAAACAUCAUCAUAUUCUCUAUCUUCUCUCAUGAUCGUAAUCAUCACUUUUGCACUUAUUGUGAUAUUUGGUCUGGCUCUUUUCAUCAUUAUGAUAACCACAAAACGACGACGUCAAUCAACAAUGAAACUCAGUAUGGAUGACACAAUCAGGAGUAACACUCCAGAUUCAAACGACACUCCGCAUAACGUGCAUUUAAUGUCCUACGGUACGACGCCUCGAACAGCUCAAAGACCGGGACCCAUCACUAAAACUCAAAUCGAUGAAACAAGUUCUCCUAUGUACUAA